CGAAAAGCGGCACGGCAAGGAAAUCAGGUUAGGAACUGUCAGCUGUCAUCACCGCGACGUCCGCGACAUGGACCUGUCCAAGGUGCCGAACGAGAAGAAAUUGCACCUGUGCAAGUUGUACUUUCGCGCUGGUUUCGCGCUGCUACCGUUCUUGUGGGCUGUGAACGCGGUUUGGUUCUCGAAAGAGGCUUUUGUAGCACCACCUUACGAGGAACAGAAGCAGAUUAAAAGAUAUGUGAUUUUCUCUGCCAUUGGAGCAAUCAUCUGGACAGCUGCUCUAGUGGCUUGGAUAAUCGUCUUUCAAACCCAAAGAGCCGCGUGGGGUCAAUUCGCUGAUUCUAUUAGCUACAUAAUUCCCACCGGCAUUCCUUGAACUUAUAUAUAUAUAUAUAUAUAUAUAUAUAUAUAUAUAUAUAUAUAAAAUACGUCGUAUCGGUACGUGAUAAUUUAUUACAGAAAAAUGUAUAUUAAACAUCUGUAUAUUAGACUAUGUAACAUAUUUAUGUCAUAAUUUAUUUAUAUAAUUAUAAAGUUAUAUGUGGUAACAUUUGGCAUAUACAAUAAAAAAAUAACAUUUUUUACAUUUUA